AUGGUGUCCCCAGAGAAGGAUACCCCCCGUGACCGGGAAUUGGUCCGGCAUUCACUGACAUACUCCGAGUCCAAAGUUCCAAUGUGGGACAGUUCGGAUCCCGAGCGUGCGCCUCCACCGCUACCAAUGAAUCCUCGUUCGAUGAGUCCGAUGAGCCCUGCGACGAGGUCCAAUGUUUCUCCCAACAUUCAAGCAGUGGCCGCAAAAUUUACAGAGAGACCUAGCGAUAAUGCACCGAGCUCCUACACAACAAAUCCUAUGCCACUCAAGUCUUCCUCGCCAGAGAGGUCGUUGGUCAAAGGCCAGCACAAGCGCAUGCAGUCACUACAGCCUGAAGAUACCCGACAAGAUGCGCGCAGCGACUUUCUGAAUUACCUUGACAACAGAUCCCCAGAGCGUCCUCUUCGUGCGACGAUUAUUGAUGGGACCAAGCCGCGCGACCCUACCAAGUCAACCAGUUCGCCAGUGCUCCGUCAAGAUGUGGACCGCGAGAUGAAAUACUCCGUUUCGAGUCGGUACUUAUCCAAGCCAAUAUUGGGAGAGAGUACUCCAACCUCAGCUACAAUGUUGGCUCUGCAAAAUAUGCAGCUACCUCUAGAACCCGACCCUCCAUCACCUUCCAAACCGCCAAAAAUGAUCGCUGGGCCAUUUGAGCCACAAGCUUAUUCCACAAAGAAUGCAAGCAUGGACACCCUCUCAAAUCAAAUCCACAGUCUCACGGACAUUGCAAGCAGUCUGCAGCGUGAGAUGAUGAAUUUGAGCCGACGCAGCAAAGACAAUGCCACCGACCUGGUUAGCCUCAAGGCGGCAACCAACGCACGCGAUGAAGACAUUCGCAAGAGUCUGAAGGAUCUGUCCUCUCAUCUUACAAACAAGUACCUGGACGCUGAGGCUACAAGUCCAGUUUCGAAGAGGAGCUACUCCGUGCCUCGCAUGCCUAGCCCUAAUCCAUUCGCAUUUGAUCGGGAGUCUUGCGUCUCACCUGCUCCGAUUUCCGACGGUUCCGCAGCCCUUGCUUUGCUCGAAAAGGUAUUGCGCGAGAUGGCAACUAAGGAAGGUGAGGAAAGGAUCUUAGAGGUCGUUGAAGAAAUCAAAUCUCGACCAGCAACUAGCGCUUCGGAUAAAGAUUCCGAUAACAAGGUCACUGCUAUGCUCGAGGAGAUCCUCAAUCUCGUCAAAGAGGAUCCUGCAAGCAAAGCCCUCGUGCGAUCUUACCGUAGGGGCGCCAAUACCGAUAAUAUCCAAUCUGGGAAUGCCUCCUCCGAGCCGAGACGAUCUGGGUCGAUGGGAUCCGUGCACCCUGAAACUGUACGUGCACUAGACCUUUCUAACUCUGAGAAGGAGGGCAGCUCUUCACCCAAUAAUCCGGAAGAAGUUCUGGCAAUUCUUAGGAGUGUCAAGAAUAGCGUCAUCGAAGGAGGUGGAAUGACCAACGGCGUGAAGUCGUUGGUACGUGAGCUACGAGGUGAGGUUCUGGGCAUGGGUCGAGAACUUGCUCGCCGAUUAGACGAGAUCGAGAGUUCCCGUUCCAACGAUGAGUCCGAGGAGCAGCCUAGAGCCGCUGGCCCAGAGGAAGUUUCCGCCAUUGUCAACCGCAGCCUGGACGACCUCAAAGAGCAGCUGGCUGCUACUAUCAAUGAGAGUCGGCAGCAGUCGUCCGACUUGUCCGAAUUCAGAUCAACCAUGAACAGUGCCGCAAUCUACUCUGUUGUGAAAAAAGCACUCGAUGAAUUUGAACUACCUCAACCCCAAGCCCAUUCGCGAGGUGCUGGAAUGGACAGAGAAGAUAUCCUCGAGACUGUCCGUGAAGCCUGGGAGACCUACAAGCCCGAAAUCGAGUUCAACAACUUUGGCUUGGAACGAGACGAGAUCCUCACAUGCCUUGAAGAAGGUCUCAAGUCUUACCAGCCCCAAAAUGAACAGACGGUCACCUACGAUCAGAUUCUCGCAGCCGUUGAGGACGGCAUGCAGAAGUUCAUUCCUCCACAAAUCGAGCAUCAGCCAAGCAUCUCUCGGGAUGAGAUCAUCUUGACCAUCCGCGAAUGCUUGGAGAAGCAGCCCGAGUCUGCCUCUAGAUCUCUUGACGAGGAACACGUCGGCGAUCUUCACUCGAUCCGCGACGAGAUUCUCGAUGCGGUCACUGGGACAAUGGCAACGAACAACAUGCAGCCCAAGUCUUUGGACGAGGACCAUGUCAAUCACCUCCACUCUGUUCGCGAUGAGAUCAUUGAAGCCAUUACUGAGGUAGUGACAAGCCAUGCCGCAGGUCCCAAAUCUGUGGACGACGAUCACGUCAGUCAUCUGACUUCUAUCCGUGACGAAAUACUUCAAGCAGUCGUCGGGGCAAUGGCUACGAAUAGCACAGGCUCCAAGGAGUUGGACGAAGGUCAUGUCCAUCACAUGUACUCCAUUCGGGAUGAGAUUCUGCAAGCAAUUAAUGGAAUGAUGGACAUCAGCAGCACAGGGCCUAAGACGUUGGAUGAGGACCAUGUCAAUCACCUCUACUCCAUCCGCGAUGAUAUCAUUGAAGCUGUCACUGGGGCAAUGGGUAACCACAGCACCUCCAGGCCUUUGGAUGAAGACAAUGUCAGUCAACUAAAUUCUAUCCGGGACGAAAUUCUCAGCGCAUUGGCCGGCUCUAUGACACAAAGCACACUGAGCAAGGACUCAUACGACUCUGGCCUUGGCCGCGACGAGAUUGUCCAUGCCGUUUCUGAUGGCCUCGAAGCCCAUUUCACUGCGGCUCGAGAGAUGGAUGAGCCACGCAUUUCCCGCCAUGAUGUUAUGAAUGCGGUCAAUGAAGCCUUCGAUGCUCAACAAUCAGCUCUUGCUACUGCUCACACGAACAUCUCUCGUGAUGAAAUUUUGAAUGCCAUUGCCGAGGGCAUUGAAAGUUCAAUGAACGCUCAGAAAUCAGCACUCAGUACGCCCUCUCGUGAAGAGAUUUUCAGCGCCAUCGUGGAUGCCAUCGAACACUCACGUUCUUCCCUCACCAACGACGGGGAGCCUAGUAUUUCUCGAGACGAGAUCCUGGGUGCCAUCUUGGAAGGCAUGGAGCACUUGUCAAAAGAACCGAAUAUCUCCAGGGAUGAGAUCAUGAACGCCAUUGCUGAUGGCAUUCAGAACUCGAGUAACUCUGUUUCACGUGCUCUUACACUGCCUAAGCAAGACAGUGACGAUCAGCAGUCCACUCUUUCCCGGGAGGAAAUUAUUAAUGCGAUUCUCGAAGGUAUUGAGCAGUCCCAGGCUUCGCUCGGCGUGAAUGGUCAGCCUAGCGUUUCCAAGGAGGAAAUUAUGAGUGCUAUCGCUGAGGGUAUUGAAGCCUCGGCAAGCAGCCAGCAGUCAGCGCUCAGCACCAACGUCCAAGAGCCCUCCAUCUCACGCGAGGAAAUUUUGGCUGCCAUUUCAGAAGGCAUUGACAAUGGCAAUUCCAUCACCCGGGAGAUUGAGCUCAACCAGGACGACCUCAUGGAGGCAAUCACCUCCGGUCUCAACGAGGCUAUCAGUACCGCAAAUACCAACGUUGGGGAGGAGAUGACAGAACGCCUCCAAUCUUUAUUCGAAGGCAUGAAAGAGGAAUUCAAGCAAUACUCGGCCGCCGGUGGAAGAGAUACCGAGCAAGUCCUCGACGCCAUCAAGGAUGGCCUCGAUAUCGUUCGCAAGGAGAUCGAAACUUACGUGGUUACUGCGGCCGAUCUAUCCGGCAAGGAAGAAGUAAUUGACACGGUGAAAGAGGGGUUCCGACUUCUCCACGCUGAUAUGGAAAAGACCAUUACAGAUUCAACACUUAUGAAUGCCCCGCGAGGCAUUCCGGAUACACCUGAGCUUCUGGAUGCCAUGGAAAAAGAGUUCGAGCACCUACGGGGAACCAUCACCACUCUACUCCUACGCAAUAAUGCCACUGAAGACAAAGAUGAGAUCUUGGACGCUAUUCGAGAGGCAGCUGAUCGCCACAAGAAUGACCCCGGCGAUGAUGUUGUCAAUACGAUCAAACAUGAAUUCGAGAGUCUCCGUGAGCGCAUGGAGAUGAGUGUGGUUCGUGCCGAACCUGGUGCUGAGAAAGACGAGAUCAUAUCCGCACUCCGUGAACAAUUCGACACCCUGCGCGAGGAGACGUCGCGUACAGACGGCAACGAAACCACGAUGUCCUCGACAAGUGAGCUCCUCGAGGUAUUCGGAGAUAGUGUUGACUCAAUCCGUAACGACCUGAAGAAAAUAUUGGAGAAGCCAACUGAGUUCGACAGCUCCGAGAUUCUCGAUACCAUCAAACAUGGUCUCGCAGAUCUGAAGCUUGAAAUGGAUACUCUCCGUGAUUCCAACAAAGAACUGGAUGAUGCCAGUACCGCCCGCGGCGGUGAACUCAUCCUGGCAAACGAGCCCAGCAUUGGACCUGACAUUGACGGUCUGAAAGUGCUUAUCACCGAGCUUCAUGACAAGAUCGAGGCCAUUGAAACUACUCCUCAUGCCGCAGAAGCUUCCGAGGAUACUCUCAAGCGCUCACACCUUGAUGAAGUCCUUCUUGCGAUUAACGAAGUUCAGCUUGCCGUGGGUGAGAUGAGUACUCAAAAAAGCGACGAGAACAAUCAGACGGCUCGAAAGAAGGACAUUGAGAUUCUCGAGCAGUUACUCUUGAGUGCGAAGACCCAGAUCGAUGAACUUGUUUUCCCUUCACCGGACCAGGUCGCUACUCCUGAGCACAUUGGAGCCCUGGAGACCAUGAUCCGAGAGGCAAAAGAAUCGAUUGCCCAGUUUUCUAGUCGCGUCGAAGCCGAGACUCCCACAAAGUCUGAAAUCGGCAUUUUGGAGAGUCUCAUCAAAGAUGUCUGGGUUAUCCUAGAUGAGAUGAAGAGCAAAACUAAAGAUGGAGAUUCCGAUAAAUUACUUAAAACUGAUAUCGAAACGGUGGAAGCAAUGAUCUUCGAGGUCAAGACUCAAAUCGAGGAGCUUAAGCUUCCUGAUGUGAAUACUCUUCCAACCAAGACGGAGAUCCAGGAGCUCUCGACACUUGUCUGCGAUUUCCGAGAGACGAUGGAGGCCAAUAACGAAUUGACAGCCCAAGGGUUCGAUGCUCGCAAGGUUGAGCACGGUGGUCUUGCCGAGAAAAUCGAUGAAGCCAAGUUUGUCGUCAGCGAGCUCGGGGACGAACUCAAAAGCAAGCUUGAUGGCAGCACCGAAGGCCUGACCGAGCUUAAACAGCUCCUCGAAGGACUAGCCAUCACCGCAGAGAGCUUCACCACCGUCGAAAACAUGAAGGAGCUCACCGACUUGAUCAACCGAGAAUUCGAACGUUCUCGGGGCGAUGAAGAUGCAGUCAAGGCCGAAAAGGAGGAGCGGGAUGCUGCUACAAUAGUCAAACACGAUGAGACGCGGGCCGCCAUCAUUGUGGAGCUUGGCACAAAGAUUGACGAGAAAAUUUCCGAAGUCUUGGCGAAGUAUGAAGAUGCGCAUACGUCCCUCCAGUCGAAGUUCUCAGAAACCGAACAGAGAGAUCUGGCACACACCGAAUCUUUGACAAGUACGAGAAGCCUUGCCGAGGACAUCAAGCUUGUCAUCGGUGCUAUGGGCGAUAGUGUUAAUGAUACCUGUGAGCGGUUAAGUGUGGACACGAAGGCUCUCAUGGAACAAGUCGAUCAGUCCCGCCAGCAAAUGGAGAGCAUGCACAACGAUGUGAGAUCGCACCAGGAGCAAUCUCAAGCUGAAAACGAAAGGGCUGCAGCUGCCACUGAUCGAGUGGAGAGCAAGCUCCUUGAAUUCCACCCUCGUAUUCUGGAAUCUGUGCAGGAGAUAUUGACAAUCGUCAGCCAGCACUACGACCACUCCCAGAAAUCAGCAGAAGACUUCAAGUCUGAACUGUCCGCAUUGUCUUCAAGUAUCCCAGCAAUGCUACCUGCGCUGCUUCCACCGGAACCAGACCGUACACUUGCCAUAGAAGAUACUCCGCUACACAGCAAACUCGACGAUAUUUUGGAACAUGCUAAGAACGACAAAGUCCACGAGAUUUUGAACACUCUCCUUGAUCACUCGAAGAAUGACCAACUCCAUGAGAAGCUUGAUCGUGCUCUUGAUCAAGGAGCGGGUUCGAAUGAUCAAAUAUAUGAGAGACUCAAUGAGUUGUUAGAUCGUGCCACUAAUGGGAGCGGUCCCGUUCAUGAGAAACUAGACGCACUGCUCAGCCGUCCCUCGAAUCCGCCGGAAUCCGAUCACUCUGCUACCCAGAUGGCGAAGCUGGAUGAGAUGCACAGGGAUAUCAUGGAAAACUCUCGCAGAAUGAAUGAGAUGUUCGCUGCCCAGUCAGUGCUGGUCGCUGAAGAUACCGAGCGAAAGCGACGUGAAGCUGAGGAGGCUGCGAUUGCUCUUGAACGAAGAGUUUCGCAGCGUGAGCAGGUGGAAGCGGAGCUCGUUGGCUUGCAGGAAGAGAAGGAUUCUAUGCUGAACAUGAUUCAUCGCCUAAGAGCAGAAAAGGAAGACCUGAUCAAGCAAAACAACAAGCUUAGCAAGGAUCUGUCCGGUCUUGAAACGGCCCUAGAGAUACGCCACGAAGAGAUGCGGCAGAUGGAGGACCGCGCGGAUGGCCUUGAGAAACGCAUCCUGGAGGGUGUGCUCGACCAUGCUCGUACUAUUCUCCUCGGCCGAUCCAAUGGCUCGCAAGCCAUGAACCUGAAGAGGAACCGCAGCACUCGGAGUACCCGUUCCUCACGCACAGGCGCUCGCAGUCCUAGUCUGGCGAGCACUGCUAGUACUGCCAAAGAGCCCAGUCGCAGUCUGCUUGGUAAUGGUGUCGGAAUGGCUUUGAAAAGAACCCCGACUUCGCUCCAGGCUGGAAAAGUUGCUGUGCAGCCCAACAUCGGAAAGGAACGUCGGAUUCUUAGCUUAAGUCAUGUCACUGGAAACCGCGGUGUGGACCGACAGGUGAGUGCUAAAUCUGGCAUCACGAAUUUGAAGCGCAGCCACUCUGUCAAAUCGAACUCUCUUCGCAAGACUUCUUGGGCUGGUCCAAUUUCUGUUGUCGACAAAGAGAACGAGCCAUUCCACGAAGAGGACGAGCAAGCCAGCGAAGCGGAAGAUGCUGGUCCACAGCGCAAGACUAGUUAUGUGCAAAGUAACGCACCUACCAACCGGAAGACGAGCUGCGCAGAAUCUGACCUUGGCACUGAAACCGAGCAUGGCUAUGCACCGAGCAACGCUGGCACUGACCGUCGAACAAGCUACGCAGCAAGCAAUGCAGGCACGGAGCGCAAGACAAGCUACUCUGGCAGCAUCGUCGACAGUGUAGUUACAGAUGCCUCAGAUCAACGCCGUGUCAGCGGAAUGAGCUCCACGAAUUCAUACAACGUGGCGGAGAGCUCAAUCGCCGAGCACGACCACGAGGACUACCAUGAUGAUAUUUCUAUCGAUGGCUCCGAUGCGCAAACAGCACGAGAGGACGGAGAGCAUUCUGGGAAUGAGGACCAGAAUGAGGAUCACGAAAUGUCCCGCCAGAUCCAGCAGGCUAAUGAGGCUGCGGAAGCCGAAGCUCUUAAGCUGUUGGCUCCCUCUAGUGGCAGCACUGAUGUUGCAGUUUGA